AUGAUUUGGUUUUAACUAUUUUUUAUCAAAUUAAAAAAACACUCAUAUAAAUUAACCCUUAUUUAACAAAGUAAUUCAAAAAUUGGCGAUAGUGGAUUAUAAAAUGUAAGUUAUGCUUUAAGAAAAUGUACUAAUCUCUCAGCUUUGAGCUUCUCUCUUGAUAAUUUAGGGUUAGUUUCUUUUAAUUUUUAUUUCAUUUUAAUUAGUUUUAAACAUUUUAGAUACAAUUAAAUUGGAGGAGAUGGUAUUUCAAGCUUAUUUUUAGCAAUAAGUAAUUUAUAAAAACUAUCUGCUUUGGAUCUUAAUCUUAGAUUCAAUCCUAUCAAUUUUAAGGGUUAUUAAAACUUAGCCUUAGCUUUAGAAAAAUGCACUCAUCUUACAGAUUUGACUCUAGAUUUGGUCUACAAUGACAUCAAAGACCUUUCUAAUUUAGGAUAUGCUUUAGCAAAAUGUGCUUCUUAACUCACUACUUUGACUCUUAAGCUAAAUUAGUAUUUAUUUGCUUUAAAUUAUUUUUUAUUAUUUAUAUUUAAAUCUAAAUAAAAUAAUAUCUUGAAUAAUAAAAUUAAAAAUUUUUGUUAUAAAACUAAGACAUAGAGAUCUAAAGCAUAAAAUUAGUGA